AUGUUAGAUAUUGUUAUCUGUUUCAAUGCUCGUGAGAAUUUUAGGCUCAAAGUGUCUUGUGCAAUACUCCCGGUAAUCACUUCCAAAUUACCUAGAAUUCCGCUAAACAAAAAUAGCUUGAAUAUUCCGUCAGAAUUCAGACUUGCUGAUCCAGAAUUUCACAUUCCAUCCGAUGUGGACCUUCUCCUGGGCGCUGACGCCUAUUACGACAUUUCACUGCCACAAAUCCACAGGCUAGGUCCCAAACUUCCUACCCUUCAGCUGACGAGGCUCGGCUGGAUUAUUGGAGGACAAUUGCCUCCUCAGAGGGUUCCGAAACAAGGCAAGGUUUCACUCCUUUGCCAAAAUGCCUGCGAAUCCACAGAUUCAUUAGGUGAAAUUCUUUCUAGAUUCUGGGAAGUUGAAGAGCUUCCAAAGUCUAAGUUCUUAUUAGCAGACGGAGAGCUUGCUGAACAAAUUUUUAUUCAAACGCAUGUGCGUCUCAAAGAUGGUACGUUCCAAGUAGAUUUUCCUUUCGAAUGCCCCACUGAGAAGAUUCCUCUUGGGGAUUCCUUCCAUAUUGCAAAAAGGCGAUUUACCAAUUUAGAGAAACGGCUCCAAAAUAAUCAAGAAUUAUUUUCCGCUUAUAAAAAUUUCAUUGAUGAAUAUGUGUCAUUGAAACAUGCCACAUAUGUUCCAUUUAAUCCCACCGACAAAUCCGCUGAGAUAAAAUAUUUCCUUCCGCAUCACUGCGUUAUCAAGGAGUCCAGUGAAAAUGGAAGAAAUUAA